UGGUGGCUUAGGUCUCUUUGAAAAAAACAGACUGGCUACAAAAAUUUUUUUGCUCUUUCUCUUUUUAUAACCGAAUAACAGCCAUGUCUACAUUCGAGAAGCAAUUGGUUAUUGACGGCAAAGGUCACUUGUUGGGUCGUCUCGCUUCCAUCAUCGCCAAGCAAGCCCUCAACGGUCAAAAGGUCGUUGUUGUCCGUUGUGAAGAAUUGAAUGUUUCUGGUGAAUUCUUCCGUAACAAGUUAAAGUACCACGCUUACCUUAACAAGCGUUGUCUUGUUAACCCCACUCGUGGUCCCUUCCACUUCCGUGCUCCUUCUCGUAUCUUGUACAAGGCUAUCCGUGGUAUGGUCCCUCACAAGACUGCUCGUGGUGCUGCUGCUUUGGACCGCAUCAAGCUCUUUGAAGGUGUCCCUGCUCCUUAUGACCGUGUCAAGCGCAUGGUUGUUCCUGAUGCUCUCCGUGUCCUCCGUCUUAAGCCCGGACGUAAGUACACCACCAUUGGCCGUAUCUCUCACGAAGUUGGCUGGAAGUACCAAGAUGUUGUUGCCAAGCUCGAAGAAAAGCGUAAGGCCAAGUCUGCUGCUUACUACCAACGCAAGACUGCCCUUGCUGCUAUCCAAAAGAAGGCUGUUGAAUCCAAGGCUGAUGCCCUUAAGGAUGUCAACGCUUCCCUUGCUGCCCUCGGUUACUAAGUUCUUAAUAUCAUGCACUGAGAGAAAAAUAAAGUAAAAAAGAAAAUAAUUAUAAAUUAUGCUUUAAUCUGUAAAGAGGAGAGGGAAUUAUAUAAAGGAAUCAAGAAGUAGUCGUAGGUGAUCUGAUCUUUUGCUUGACACGAUGAAGUUGAGAGUCUACUUCACCCAACAUUUCUUCUAGCUGAUCUUUGCGUCUACGUGACAUGGCAAUCUUUUUUGAGAAAUCUUCAGACUACA